AUGGCGACGGCGGUGUGGGCGGCCGCGCGGUUGCUGCGGCGUUCGGCGGUGCGGGGCCUGCCGCCCAGGUCUGGCCUUCCUGCACACCGACAGUUCAGUAGCGGGAGCACCCACUCCAGCAUCCCCCUCUCUUCUCCUUUACCUGGAGUGCCCAAGCCCGUUUUCGCUACUGUUGAUGGACAGGAAAAAUUCGAAACCAGAAUUACCACACUGGAUAAUGGGCUUCGUGUGGCAUCUCAAAAUAAGUUUGGCCAGUUCUGUACCGUAGGAAUUCUUAUUAAUUCAGGAUCAAGAUAUGAAGCAAAAUAUCUUAGUGGAAUUGCCCAUUUUUUGGAAAAAUUGGCAUUUUCGUCUACAGCUCAAUAUGACAGCAAAGAUGAAAUUCUGCUUACUUUGGAGAAGCAUGGUGGUAUCUGUGACUGCCAGACCUCAAGAGACACCACCAUGUACGCCGUUUCUGCUGAUAGUAAAGGCUUGGACACGGUCGUCAGUCUGCUGGCUGAAGUCGUUUUGCAGCCCCGCCUGACAGAUGAAGAAAUCGAGAUGACACGGAUGGCUGUCCAGUUUGAGCUUGAGGACCUAAACAUGCGACCUGACCCAGAACCACUGCUCACGGAGAUGAUUCAUGAAGCUGCCUACAGAGAGAACACAGUGGGCCUACACCGUUUCUGCCCUGCAGAAAACAUAGCAAAGAUUGAUCGGGAUGUGCUUCACUCCUUCCUGAGGAACUACUAUACCCCUGACCGCAUGGUGCUGGCUGGAGUGGGUGUGGAGCAUGAGCACCUGGUGGAAUGUGCCAGAAAGCACCUCCUGGGAGCUCAGCCUUCCUGGGGGGCUGCUGGGGCAGUGGACGUUGACAGAUCAGUGGCUCAGUACACUGGGGGGAUUGUCAAGGUGGAGAGAGACAUGUCUAACGUCAGCCUGGGCCCAACUCCGAUCCCUGAACUUACUCACAUCAUGGUCGGGCUGGAGAGCUGUUCUUUCCUGGAGGACGAUUUCAUCCCCUUUGCUGUGCUGAACAUGAUGAUGGGAGGAGGAGGCUCCUUCUCAGCCGGUGGGCCCGGCAAGGGCAUGUUCUCCAGGCUCUAUCUCAACGUGCUCAACAGGCACCACUGGAUGUACAAUGCAACCUCCUACCACCACAGCUAUGAAGACACGGGCCUCCUGUGCAUUCAUGCCAGUGCCGACCCGAGACAGGUUCGAGAAAUGGUAGAGAUCAUCACGAAGGAGUUUAUCUUGAUGGGUGGAACUGUAGAUAUGGUGGAGCUGGAGCGAGCCAAGACGCAGCUGAUGUCAAUGCUCAUGAUGAACCUGGAGUCCAGGCCCGUCAUUUUUGAAGAUGUGGGCAGGCAGGUGUUGGCUACGCAUUCGAGAAAGCUGCCCCAUGAGCUGUGCACACUCAUCCGAAACGUGAAGCCAGAAGAUGUAAAGAGGGUGGCCUCCAAGAUGCUCCGUGGGAAGCCUGCUGUGGCUGCCCUGGGUGAUUUGACAGAUCUGCCAACUUAUGAGCAUAUCCAGGCAGCUCUGUCCAGCAGAGAUGGGCGCCUACCCAGGACAUACCGUCUCUUCCGAUAGUCUGUCCAAGCUUCUCAGAGAGCCAUGGCUGCAGUGUGUUACAAUGGGUGUGGACUUAGCAUGAAGAUGCGUGGUUCUAUAAACAGUGCCAAUUGAGGGACUGCUUGAAUGAGCACAGUAAAUGUUAUCACAGCACCUGCUGGCCUGCAGGGUGGCUUUCAUUCACUUAGAAUGAAACUUGGCAUUUGGAAACAAAUACUCCUUUCACUCUGUAGCUGGAAGGUGGGCCUGGGAGUAAAAGCUUACCACCAUGGCCUGGUGAACACUCACUUUUGUAUGGGCUCUCAGUGUAGGGCACUGCAGGGACUAGAGACAGCUGGGUGUCCCUGACUAGAAGCUUGGGACAUGGGUUUGUUUGUCCUCUCUCUGGUCUACCGCCUGUGUUGUGUACAUACUGUCCUGUGCCUGUGAUGAGCCCAGCUUCCCAACUAGUGGAUGAGGCGCUGUUGGCAUGCUCACCUGCCACCGCUCUUAAUAAAGUGCCGGAUUCUCUCAA